AUGCCCACUGACAUCACUGGCCACUGCUUCUCUGGGUCCUACCUGGACAUGGCCAAGGUGUUCAUGUUCAGCUACUUCUUCUGGCUGGUGCUGUGUCUGAUCUUCAUCACCGGGACCACGCGCAUCAGCGUCUUCUGCCUGGGCUACCUGGUGGCCUGCUUCUACUUCAUGCUGUUCGGGAGCAGCCUGCUCAUGCAGCCUGUUCGCCACGUGCUGCGGCUGUGGGACUGGCUCAUCGGCUACACCUGCCUGGUCAUCGCCAUGAAGAACCUGCUGUCUCUGGGUUCCUGUGCCUACCUUGACAGCCUGUUGAGGCGCGGCUGCUGGCUCAUCCAGGCCUUCAGCAUGUUCUGUACCAUCAAGGGCUACAACGUCCCGGAGCCCGAUGAUGACUGUGAGCUCCCGGAGGGCGAGGCGGGCAUCGUGUGGGACGCCAUCUGCUUCACCGUGCUGCUGGUGCAGAGGCGGGUCUUCCUCAGCUACUACUUCCUGUACGUGGUGUCGGACCUCAAGGCCUCCAAGAUCCUGGCCUCCAGGGGCGCCGAGCUGUUGGAGGCCAAGAUCAAGAAGCAGGUGGCGGCCCGCCUGGAGCUGGAGCAGAAGUCGGUGGAGACGCUGAAGAAACAGAUGGAGAAGAUCAAGUCCAAGCAGAAGCCUCAGACCCCGAGCAAGGAGCUGCCCGCAGCAGAGCUGGUGCUGCCUGAUGUUAAUGACGUUGAUGACAAGACCAAGAUGGACGCCGGGAAAUGGUGGAAGCCCUGGGUCUCUACUCCUGGAGUGGAAAACAACUGCGGCUAUCACCUCUUUGAGAGUGACAGUGAAGAUGACGAGGAGGAAGAGCAGGAAACUAAGGAGGAGGAGAAGGCGGCGCCGAAGAAGAAGACAGCCUUCCAGUUGGCCUACGAGGCCUGGGUCACCAGCUCCAAGACGGCCCUCAGGGACCUGAACAAGGAGAAGAGGAAGAUGAAGAAAGAGGAGAAGAAGAGGGCCAAGAGGGAGCUGGCGGAGCAGCAAGGCCUGGAGAGAGCAGACUCCAGCGAGGACGAGCUGGAGGAGAGCUGUGAGCAGCAGGAGGAGGAGAAAGAGAACGUGUUCCAGCGCGCGCUGAGCACGCUGAGCUUCCUGUGGGCCUUCCUGCUCUCUCUGCUGGAGGACAUGACGGCGGGACUCAACAACUUCUGCAAGGACAGCCUGGACAUCUCCCAGGUGCUGCGCUUCGAGAGAGCCCUCCUGGGCCAGCAGCAGAAGAAGGGUCGGGAGGUGAGUCAGCAGAGCGUGAGGAAGUUCUACGACACGUGGCUGUCCCGUCAGACCACCAUGUCGUCCCAGGACGACCUGGACGACAGCACGCCCCCCCCUGCCUCCCCCCCCUCCCCCGCCUCCCCCCGGGCCCGCAACAAGCUGAGGACCGCCCGGGCCAAGAUGUCCUGGGGGAGCAGCCUCUCCAGCUGUGCCACCGAGGAGACCCUGCUGGGGUCCCGUCAGCCCACCCAGGAGGAGCUGGACGACCCCCCCGGGCCGCAGCCGACCGCCGACCUGCUCCGCCGGAGGCUGCUGAAGACCCCCCGCAUAGACAUGGGCUCCCCGGAGGACGAGGACCCCCCCCCCAGUGUUCCAGGGGAUGUUUCCCAAACUGAAGGGGAAAGUCGAGAAGAGGAGGAAGAGGAAGAGGAGGAGGGGAACAAAGAGCUGGAGAAGGAAGUUGAGGAAGAGGAGGGAAAUUCGGAGCACCUCGACGAAGUGGAGGACAAAUCGGAGCACCUCGACGAAGAGGAGGACAAAUCGGCGCACAAUGACGAAGAGGAGGACAAAUCGGAACGAUGUGAGGAAGAGGAGGACAUAUCGGAACGAUGUGAGGAAGAGGAGGACAAAUUGGAACGACGUGAGGAAGAGGAGGACAAAGAGGUGUGGUUUGAGGUUGUGAAGAUCCGUCUCCAGGCGUUGGAGGAUGAGGAGCAAACGGGGGAAAGACCGGAGUACCACGAACGACUGUACCCAGAAUGCACCUCGCUGGACCUCAGAGACUCCGUGGAGGAGAAAAGCUUUGAUGUCCCAGAAUCCCCCCGGCCCCUGAGUCAGGAGACCAGGAACCUGACGGCCAGCGAGCUGCUGCUGAACAACAUGUUCGAGAACGACGAGAUCUCCGAGUCGGACAAGUUCUUCACUCAGCUGCCGCAGCACCUGAAGCUGGCCUUCGCCCUCUACAACACCAUGGUGUCCAAGUCUGAGAUGCUGUGCUACUUCGUCAUCAUCCUGAACCACAUCAUGUCCGCCUCCAUGCUGUCCCUCAUCCUGCCCAUCCUCAUCUUCAUGUGGGCCAUGCUGUCCGUUCCCCGGCCGUCCAAACGCUUCUGGAUGACCGCCAUCAUAUACACAGAGCUGACAGUGGUGGUGAAGUACUUCUUCCAGUUCGGCUUCUUCCCAUGGACGACGUCGUCGUACCGCGGCAUCAACGCCGACCGGCCUUUCGCCAUGCCCAACAUCAUCGGCGUGGAGAAGAAGGACGGCUACGUGCUCUUCGACCUCAUCCAGCUCCUCGCGCUCUUCUUCCACCGCUCCAUCCUCAAGUGCCACGGCCUCUGGGACAACAAGGAGGUGGAGAUGCCCGACUUCUUCAAGAAGAUGCAGAAGAAGGUGGAGAAGAAGAAGCAGACGGGCAACGCGGAGCGGGCGGGCGACCAGGGCGGUGGGGGGGGGGGGCGACGGCGCCGGCUGGGGUCCCUCUUCCGCCGCCGGCCGAAGGACGCCGGGGGUUCCAGCGAGGGGAAGCCGAAGAAGCAGCCGACCAAGAAGAAGCGCUCCCACAAGGCCCCGCUGACCCGGAAGCAGAGGAUGAGGCAGCAGAUCAGCAAGAGGAUGCUGAUGGUGAAGGCCGGCGUCGUGGAAGUCGCUCUGAACAUCUACCUACCCAUCAGGCAGUUCUUCUAUGACAUCAUCCACCCGGAGUACAGCCCAGUGUGUGACGUCUACGCCCUCAUGUUCCUGAUCGACGUCGUCAACUUCAUCGUCACCAUAUAUGGUCACGGGGCCUUCGGGAAAUACAGCGGUGCGGUGGACUUCACGGAGUCGUUGUCGGAGGACACGGUGCCCGAGGCCUUCCUGGUGAUGCUGCUGCUGCAGUUCGGCACCAUGAUCGUGGACCGCGCGCUCUACCUCAAGAAGUCCCUGCUGGGAAAGUGCGUGUUCCAGGUGGCGCUGGUGUUCGGGAUCCACUUCUGGAUGUUCUUCAUCCUGCCCGGGGUCACCGAAAGGAGGUUCAACAAGAAUCCCAUCGCCCAGCUGUGGUACUUUGUCAAGUGCAUCUACUUCGGACUGUCGGCCUACCAGAUCAAGUGUGGCUACCCCAACAGUGUCCUGGGCAACUUCCUCACCAAGAACUACAACUACAUCAACCUCUUCCUCUUCCAAGGGUUCCGGAUGGUUCCGUUCCUCACGGAGCUGCGGGCGGUGAUGGACUGGGUCUGGACCGACACCACGCUGUCCCUCUCCAGCUGGAUCUGCGUCGACGACAUCUACGCCAACAUCUUCAUCCUCAAGUGCGGGAGAGAGUCGGAUAAGAAGUACCCCCGCGUCCUCGGGCAGAAGAGGAAGAGGCUGGUGAAGUACGGCAUGGGCGGCUUCAUCAUCUUCGCUCUCAUCAGCAUCAUCUGGUUCCCGCUCCUCUUCAUGUCAUUGGUCAAGUCCGCGGCCGGGGUGACCAAUCAGCCACUAGACGUCUCCCUCCAGCUCAGCAUAGCAGGAUAUGAGCCUCUGUUCUCAAUGAGCGCCCAGGAACAGAACCUGGUGCCGUACAAAGAACCGGACUUUGUGCGACUCACCAACAUUUACGCGACGCAUCCAGCCUCCAUGCAGUUCAUCAUGAACUACGAGGCGGAGGACAUGGUGCUCGCUAAGAUCAAGAGCGACGCCAGCCUCAUGUGGACCAUCAGCCCCGCCAGCCGCGAGGCCAUGAUCCGCGAGCUCAGUAGCUCCCCCUACUUCUACAUGACCCUGCGAUGGACCCUCCUCAGGAAUGCGACUCUGUCCGAGACCGUGGAGUCGAUCGGGGAGCACACGGUGAAGUAUCUGAACAGCACCCUGAGAGACAGUAUCGUUCAGAUGCUCAAAGGAUCCAGCCAGGAGCCCGUGAUCAUUCAGUCCCUUCUGCCAAAGUUCAUCAGGGGGCCCAAAGGGGUCGAAUCCAAGAUGGCCACCAGGUUGAAAGUCGAGCACUCCGAGCGGCCUGACGACUACCAGACGCUGGGCUUCUUCCGGCCGCUGUCGCUCCGCCUGCAGCGGGUGAACGGCAGCCAGGAGAAGGCGGACCAGUGGUGGCGCGUGGAGGAGUGCGUGCCGGGGCCCGACCUCUCCGCCCGCGACUGCAAGGGCAUCGAGAUGGUGGUGAUCAACGAGAAGGUCAGCCCCUCCAGCCUGGGCUUCCUGGCCGGUCACGGCAUCGUGGGGCUGUACAUGUCCGUGGUCCUGGUGGUGGGCAAGUUCAUCCGGGAGUCCUUCAGCGGCAUCUCCCGCUCCAUCAUGUAUGAGGAGCUGCCCUGCGUGGACCGCGUGCUCAAGUUGUGCACCGACAUCUUCGUGGUGCGCGAGACGGGCGAGAUGGAGCUUGAGGAGAUCAUGUGUGAGAAGCUCAUCUUCCUCUACCGCUCGCCAGAGACCAUGAUCAAGAUGACACGCGAGAGGGAAGACAGCUGAGAGUGUGGCGUCGGUGGUGGGGUGUUGAGGAAGUAAUUGCAGCCUCGCAGGAGUCCCUGAUUUAGUCCUCGCCGUGGCAACGAGGACGUCUGACAGUGAGGGGCCAGUGUGUAACGGUGGUUGAGCAGUGUUUUUUAUGGGUUGAAGCUUUAUUUCAGAUGACUUUUAAGGGCACAACCUGUGGAUUAAAAUAAAUGGGGCUACCUCUUAACAUUAGGCCCACCUAGCACUGACGAGGGUCAAAUUAAGCCACCGAGAUGCCCUGAAGAUGGUGGUCAUCUUCAACAGCAUGCCAUGUAAGGAAGUAUUACGUUAUUAAUUAUAAAUUAUGGUGUUCAUCAAAUCAAAUGUUUCAUUGUCUAUACAGGGAUUAGAUCCACCACAAAUGUCACUCUUUAAAUUUAAAAUAACUUAUUAGAUUGUAUGUUCUCAUACCAAACAUAACUGCAAAUAACGUUGUGAAUGUUGAAUGUCUGCCUAAGAGCUCCAUUUGGAAGUCGUUGGUAUGGUUGAUUUCUUCUAUUAAAAUGUGAGAUUGUCAUGUACUGGAAAAAACAGAUACCAUGACACUGCAAUAGUUUGUAUAUAAUUGUAUCAUUGGACCAACCGAAUACGUCUCAGUUUGAGGUCAGUCCUCUUGAGUUUCUAUUCAGUGCUCCAAUUUAUUGUCAUAGUGUAGAGUGUUUACUGCCUCAUGCCCUUAACCAGAAUUAAGUUAGACCACGCUCUGCAAAGGAAAUCUUAAGAUUGCUUGGUACCGGCUGGACGACCAAUACAUAUUGUACUGUAAUAGAAAGCACAGAAAAGUUCAUUAAGCGACAGCCGAUGUUUAACCAUUUUUCCCACCACGGCACAAUGCAUGCCUUUCAGGGUUGUCGACCGUUUAUACAAAUGUACAUUUUUCACACGUUGACCAUCCUACCUUGUGCUCUGAAGGAGAAGUGAAAUCAAACAGAACCCCGUCUUCCCGUUUGGAGAGGACUUCAUCCGCUUACGAUUUCUGACCCAUGAUGUAAAUACCAUUUUCCUAUUUGGUACAUCAAACUGCUGCCUCCAAGAAAGUACUUGUUUAAUUUGUAUUGAAAUAAAAUCUUGAA